UCGAAUUAGAAAUCUCGACCCUCCCCAAAAGUUUAUCGUCUGUCUUCUCCCUCCCCUUCCCUUCCCUGCUUCUUCUUCUUCUUCUUCCUCCUGUUUGCUCAAAGACUCGUACCUUCCCAAUUUCCUCUUCCUUCACUUCUCUUGCCUGUGCUCCAGUCCCACUCCAACUUCUUAACUUCCGUCUUCUCCUUGUUAGCUUCUCGCACUUUUCAUUCGUUUCGACAGCAACCCAGUUUCCUUCCCUGCCCUUCGAUUUCCAUUUCCUGUUUCUGGGUCUCCUUCCUUUUUCUUCUCUCUUCUUCUUAUUGAUGUAGGAUUUAAUUUCUCGGUAACCAACAACCAAGGGGGGACACAGAAGAAGUUUUGACAUGGUGUGUACGAAAUUCGGAGCUGUUCUACUCGUCCUUUCCCUGCUCUUCUCGGCUUCUUUUGACGCGGUCCUCGUCGGAGUCAAUGCCCACAGGCGGAGCCGCGGCGCCAAUUCCAACCUCUCUACUCUCGCCGGAAUCGAAUUGAACGACCACUUGAAUUUCAAUGCUGCCUCCACUGCUUCCACCUCAGGUUGCAGCCUCUCCACUUCCAAGAAAGCCACCCAGUCAAAGUCCUCGGGAGAACAAAAACUCGCCGGCGAUGAUUACGAGGACGUCGACGACGAUGAAGAAGAAGAGGUAGAGGGAGAAGGAAAUCAAAUACCGGCAAAGCCCACCAUGAAGCUCCACCUAAAACACCGGCCGCUGACUCUGGGAAAAGGAUCCUCCUCCGCAGCCGGGUCCAAGCCUAAGCAGGAAGCCUUCUUCGUAUCGGCGACACAGGACUUGGCCAGAAUUCAGACUCUGUACCGAAGAAUCACGGAGAAGAAGAAUCAGAAUGCCGUCUCCAGAUUGGAAAACGAAAAGUCAAAGCAGGGAAAGCGCGUGAUAGAGAAGCAGCCAGCGACGGCGGCGGCAGCGCCCGCGUCGGGCGUCUCCGGGCAGCUGAUGGCGACUUUGGGUUCAGGGGUGGCACUGGGUUCCGGCGAAUACUUCAUGGACGUCUUCAUCGGUACACCUCCUAAGCACUUCUCUUUAAUUCUGGAUACCGGUAGUGACCUCAAUUGGAUUCAAUGCGUCCCUUGCCACGACUGUUUUGAGCAAAAUGGGCCGCUCUACGAUCCCAAAGACUCAACUUCUUUCAAGAACAUCAGUUGCAGUGAUCCCAGAUGCCAGUUGAUCUCAUCACCAGACCCACCUUUGCCUUGCAAACAUCACAACCAGAGCUGCCCUUAUUUCUACUGGUACGGUGAUAGCUCCAAUACAACGGGUGAUUUCGCACUCGAGACCUUCACUGUGAAUCUCACUUCCCCAUCUGGAAAAUCAGAGUUUACUAAGGUUGAGAAUGUGAUGAUUGGUUGUGGCCACUGGAAUAGAGGGCUGUUCCAUGGUGCAGCUGGUUUGCUAGGACUUGGGAGAGGGCCACUCUCUUUUGCUUCUCAGCUUCAGUCACUGUAUGGCCAUUCCUUCUCAUACUGUCUCGUGGAUAGGAAUAGUGACACUAAUGUGACAAGCAAGUUGAUAUUUGGGGAGGAUAAGGAUCUUUUGAGCCACCCUGAGUUGAAUUUCACUUCGCUGGUCUCUGGGAAGGAGAAUCUCGUCGAUACGUUCUACUAUGUUCAGAUCAAGUCGGUCAUGGUUGGUGGUGAGGUUCUGAGCAUACCAGAAGAGACUUGGAAUGUAUCAGCUGAUGGUGCAGGCGGUACCAUUGUGGAUUCUGGUACGACGCUGAGCUACUUCUCGGAGCCAGCUUAUCAGACAAUUCGAGAUGCAUUUCUGAGGAAAGUGAAAGGUUAUCCGGUGAUCGAUAGUGUUCCGGUUCUGGAUCCUUGUUACAAUGUCUCUGGAGUGGACAACCUUGUUCUGCCCGAGUUCGGGAUAUUGUUUGCAGACGGAGCAGUGUGGAGCUUCCCGGUUGAGAACUACUUCAUCUGGCUGCAGCCAGGGGAAGUUGUUUGCUUGGCAAUUCUGGGGACUCCACGGUCUGCUCUUUCCAUUAUUGGGAACUAUCAGCAGCAGAACUUCCAUAUCUUGUAUGACACCAAGAGAUCGAGACUUGGGUAUGCACCCAUGAAUUGUGCUGAUGUAUAGUAUGGUAACAACAACCCAUUCAGAAGAAGGAGCUGAAGCCAAAAGAUGGUAGGAGUGGGGAAGGAAGGUGGAUACAUAGAGGAAAAGCUCUUUUUGCCCCCUUUUUUUUACUUCUUUCUUUUGUUGUUUGAUUAAUUUUUCCCUAAUAUAUUCUCCAAAGUGUAGAAGUAACAUACAACAAACUUUUGAUUCAUUGUUAAUCCUGUUUGUUUAGGGUAUCAUCAGUAAAUUCAUUUGUAAUCAUAAAACACAGUGAAUGAUAAGGUUCUUAUGAGAAAUGUAAAUGACCCUGCUGCAGUUUGAGAUUAAUGACAACAGCGGUUCAUCUUUUGUCUUCUCUAUUUGUGUCUGCUCUGGUGAAUCUGCAAUGGGAUCAAAGCUUUCAUAAUCUACUUCAAAAUGCUUGGCUGCAGGAACUAUGGCUUUUCAAUGUUUUUCUGAUUCAGGAUGAAGGUUUUCAUACUCAGCUUGGACAACAUUGUGUGCGAAUGAACCACGAGCUGAAAA